UUUUUCUCACCUGUCAGUUCGGUCGAGACACGGCACCAGUGCCGAGCCUUGUCUCUUUGUUUUCUCCUUGAAACAGCUCUUGUUUUUUCCAAAUUAAAUGACAGUCCUAUGUGGUCAGUCGAUACCUAACUGAGGACAGCGUUUAACACGGUCUUCUAUCUGCCUCAGAAUAUGGCCUGUGUAGGUAUGGAUUCCCCAGCAGUGGAUGAUGACAUUUGCAUCCUUAAACAUGAGACAGCCUACACCACUGCUGCUGAGAGUCCUGUGUCGGUGUGUGCCGGUGACGAAUCGGUCGCCUCCCACUUUGCCCUGGUCACGGCAUACGAGGACAUCAAAAAGAGGCUGAGAGAGACAGAGCGAGACAAUGCCCUGCUGAAGAAGAGAGUGAAGCAGCUUGAAGACAAGCUUUUCAGGCCAGAUGCUCAUUCAUCAGAGGGGCCCCAGUACGUGAACAAGGCCUUCAGUGCUUACCGAGGUAUCUAUAUAGAGAAGGAGGACCUGCAGAUGGAGCUUAACAAACUGAAAAGGGAGACGAGUGAGAGAGAAAGGAUUCUGAUGGAGCAGCUUCACACCAAAGAGGUGGAGCUGCUUCAGCUGAGGACAGAAAUGGACACCAGCCAAGGUACAGUGAUGAAGAGCCUGAACAGCUCUCAGGACUCCUGGCAGGUGGAAAGGAUCAACACUGAGCUAAAGAUCCACAAACUGCAGGAAGAGCUGGAGAGGGUGACACUGGAGAACAAUCGGCUACUAGAGAGAAGUGCGGGGGAGCCGCAUGGCCUUAACGGACCAGACUUGGACCAGACCUGUGAUGCAAAGUAUAAUGCAAGGGAGAAGAGCAUGCAGCAGACAUACAAAGCUCUGUGUUCUGAGGUCGGCCGUCUCCAUUCAGAGCUGAAGCACCAAACAGGCCUGAUUAGGAAACUCAGGCCACUGAUCAGUGAGACGCGACAAGCUGCCUCAACAGUUCCCGUCCAGUGUCUGGACGACGUGGAAAAGAACAACCACCCCCCAGUUCCUCGGCCAUCAGUGCCUCGUCCCCCCAGUGCCCCCCCACUGCCCUCAUGCUCUGGCCGCCCCUGCCCCCCCACCGGCUGCCCGUCAGGCACCCUGCUGCCAGAUAGUCUGAGGGAGGACUGCUGGUACAACGGCCCAUGGCCCCCCCAGAGUUGUUCGGGAGAGGGUCUGGUUGGGAGCGACGCCUGCUCCGUUGUACUGCCCCCACCUCCCCUGAACCAGGCCUCUCUGGAUGACAGUUCACGAUCCUUCCCCAGUCCCCCAAAACCCAGUGACGCCAUGUUCUGGGAGGGACACUCCGCUGCGUCCAACUCCUCGUCCUCAAUGGGUAACUGCAGCCCCAGGAGCCCUCCCCAUACAGAUUGGGCCAAGCCUUAUUAAGUUAGAGUGGGAGAACAGAUGAUUAAUAAUUUAUUGGAAGAUAAAUAAAAGGUAGAAAUUUGAUGGAACGUAAACAAAUGGAACAAUGAAUAAACUCUCCAACCCUGCCACAUAGCUACCACCUUACCUGCCUUAAUGUGAUAAGACCACUUUUGUGGGGCGGAUGAGACUGGACCUCCUGGUUGUGGGAACUAAACGAGGCCAGAUGAGGCCUUUUUCUUUUUUUCUGAGGUAAAGACUUUAAACUCAUUAAUCUGCCAUCUCUGCUCACCGCAUCGGUGAACAUUUCUGACUUUGCAGAGAAAAAGUUGAUGAGAAAUCCUCAACAGAAUAGUUUGUCCAUGUUUGUGUCCUUGUAUGCGCAUGCAUAACUGUGUGCAAGUAUGCAUACAAGCAGUUUAAUUUGUGUGUGAGCACAUGCGCGUGCGUGCAUGUGUGUGUGUGUAUAUUCACAUCCAACAGUGUGCCUGUAUCUGUAUCUCAUCAUAGGGCCUCUUCCACCAUAAACUGUGGCUGUUGAUCACUGGAGCCACAGCAUAGUGCUAGAAUUUGUAUAACUGUACUUCCUCCAAUGCAAGUCUUUUUACAUUUGAUCACUGUAAAUUACAGAAGGUAUGUAGUUCCAUGUUUGUCUAAUGGUCAUGUGAAGGAGAUGUGUUGGUAGGAGGAGUUGAUGUGUUUGUUUUUGUACGGUGAAGACAGACAUACAUACAUACACUGACUGUAGGAUAAUUACAGGUUUUGGCUCCAAAUUUGAAAUGCUAAUUAAGUUUUCUUUUUACUGAAGUGGAUUGAUAUCAAAGUAAUCUACCCAUGCUUACUGAAUCCUCCUUUCCUUUUUUGGUUUCUUUUGGAAUUUGCCUACUUAGAAAUUUCUAAACAUAUAAAAUCUUAAUCGAAUGCUUUCUUAACUAUGACCCAUCAUAGGUGGCAGAGAAGGUUCAAUAAUUUCUCAUAACCUUCACAACUCAAGUCUGUCUGGUAUCUGACAACACCAUCUAUUGUGUUGCUUUCUUUUUUCACCUCUGAAGUGACAUGUAGAUGUAAGGCUGUGAAUUGCUGGUUUCUUAGCACGCCAUUUAUUUUGAAGGACUCGCGGAAUGCGCCGCAUACACUAGGCACAUCAUUUUGAACAUUAGAAAAUGUGAACUAUGCACUGUGCUGAUUGUUAAUCCUGCUGUUUAGGACUGAGGGUAGUCUCUCUCUGGUCUCCCAGUAGUGAAAAAGUAUAAACUAAGGGCACUGAAGAAUUUUAGACCAAAUAAACAGAAGAAACUGAGAGAAAAAUGUGCAUAUCUGUAUAAAUGUAUAUGGUGGGCUUCAGUACUCUGCCAAACAUGGUUAUACACUCCAAAACUUAGCUUUUGCUUUUUCUCCCUCAAGAUGCCUGAUAUGUCUAAGAGCUACCUGUGCUGGGGGCAACACAAUAAUAUAAUAACCUGAUUAAAUAUGAGAUGUGACUUAACAAAUAGGUGCACAAAGCACAAAGGCCCAUGGGUAAGUUUCUUUGUUUUAGUUUUUUCUUAUCUGUAUCAUGAUUGUGGUCUUUUGUUCUUAAUUUCUAAGAAAUGUUAUUUUACAGCAGUAGUUUCAUACUUCUGUAAACAAUUUGCAAACCAAAAUGCAAUGUACAGUAGAUAUGGAUUAUAUUUUAGAUUUACUGCACUUCCGGCUGUUUGUAAAUAUGAUCGAAUAAAUGAAUGAAAGGAAUCAACA